CGUCCGUCCAUCGUACACGAGUCGCAACUGCUCGAAAUACGUACGUGAAUGCUUCGCGCGCGUGUCCGGCGUAGGUGCGAUACAACUGUUUCAAUUUCGGUCCGUUCGCGUAAGACCCGUUACGCGUAGCCCCGGAGGUCGUGCGGACGCCUGAUUUUUGGCGGGCCUCAGACGAUGACCACGGCCUGCAGGCCCUCAGUCUGGGGCGGAGUGCCCUGACGCGAUCAACGUCGGUUUCGAUCGCUAAACGCCAGCAAGUCAAGCGCUGACGUUUAAAAUUUCCGGUUUUCACCCCAACCUAAAAACCGAAAAUCCGCAACUAUUCUGUCGUCGAUACCGUUCAGGCCAGGGAUCAGGCCGAACAUGCUCAACAACAUAAGCAUAAUCGGUCCAAACAUUGUUGGCGGUCACAAAGACUUCGAUGGUCUUAAACACAGAUCGUUACACCAGCUGCAAAGUGGUAGCGUCGCCGGGAGUGGACACGACGUCGGUGGCCAAGGGCCGCUGGUCGGUAGCGGCGAGAGCAACAACGGCCACCUGGGCAACGGGCCGUCGCCGCCGCAAGUGGCCUCGGCCAACGGCGGACCGUUCCGGUUGUCGUGCGGAGGAUUCGAGCUGUCGUCCACGGGACACGGGCUGGCCGCCGCCGCAGCUGCAGCUGCUGCUGCAGCGGCUGCCAACGCUAACAGCCACUGUGGCCACGGCGGCGGCGGUGACGAUUCGGGUAAACCGAACAAGCAAAAGCGGCACCGGACCCGGUUCACGCCGGCGCAACUCAACGAGUUGGAACGGUGUUUCAGCAAAACCCAUUAUCCGGACAUAUUUAUGCGGGAAGAGAUAGCUAUGCGCAUAGGACUCACCGAAUCCAGAGUGCAGGUUUGGUUUCAAAACAGACGUGCCAAAUGGAAAAAGCGCAAGAAAUCUACAAACGUUUUCCGAACGCCCGGAGCCCUGUUGCCUUCUCACGGUUUACCGCCCUUUGGAACUAUGAGCGAUAGCUUAUGUCCAACAUCAAUGUUCAGCUCUCCGGACACGAGAUGGGGCGUUACAGGCAUGACAACUGGGCUAAGUCAGUUAGCCAGCGGUACGGUUACCAUGAGCGGAUACAGUCACCAGAAUUCCACGCUCAGCUCUGUGCCGAUCACCACAAUGGCCACCAACACCCAAAACAUGUAUCAGGCCCAUUACGGUCUAAAUUCAUUAGGCGAUUCGGACAAAUGGCGUUUUUCAAAAGAACAAUUCAAACCUUAUUCGGCAGAUCCUCAAUUUUUUUGAAUGAAAAAAUAUAUCAUGCGCAUACCAUAUGUUUUAGUCACACGAUCAGCAGCCACACAGUUGUACUAGUAAUUCGUCGGUUCCAACAAAUUCGGAAGUCACGGAGACAAUUUAAUUUAUUUGUAUAUUAAUUUAUAUUUGAUAUCAUAUGUAUAUAUAUAUAUAUAUAUAUAUACCUAUUGGCUAUUAUAUACGUAUGAUUAUUAAUUAUUAUGAGGAUGAUAUGUAAUUUAUAAAUGUAUCCAUAAUAUAUUAUUAUAUUAUAUUCGUUUUUCGAAGACUGUAAAUAUUGUAACGGUAUACGAUUGGUUCGUCUAAGUGCGCUAUACAUCCUUUAUUCGGCAUUUUUCGUUUUUUAAAUAUUAUGUGGUUGCUCAAUAUAAGAAAAUGUAUAAAAAAAUAUUUUCAACAAAUUUGAAAGGUUUGAGGAAUUAGUACUUUUAAAUUUAUUACUGUUUUCCUUCGAAAGUACAGUUUUGAUUCGCAGUAACACGAGUAACGAGUUACCUACUUUAAAAUAACCCGUUUAAAAAAAACUUUACCUAGUUGAUCAAAAAAUGUCUACAAGAAAUAUUUCCUCACUUUCCAAAUUAAAAAGAGCUACUAUCUUUUUUUUAGAGGGGCUAAAUAUAUAACUGAGUUUAGUAUCCUUUGACUACCCCAUCGGCCACCACAAUGCGUCUUAGGGCAUUGAACGACAAUAACGCAUUAUCAAAACAUUAAUUAUUAUUUACACUCUUAAUAUCAUGCCUUUUUUUUAAUUGUUAUAAUUUUUAUUUUAUUUUUUACGAAAUGUUGUGAGUUAACGGUAAAACUAAAAACGCAAUAUACCAUAGCAUACCUAAUAUAGUCUUACCUCUCCUCCCCCCCUCAUGUAUGCGUUUUUAGUAUUGUAUGAAUAUAAUAUGUAUCGAAUGCCCUAUAUUGUACUUAUGUAAAAAUAUCAUUGCUUUAGUCAGAGGCGGACAAUAUACCCACCUUAAGUUUAUAACGGUCUAGAGUACUAAAAUAUCUCCCAGACUUCCUUGACCAAUCCGCCUCUGGCUUUAGUGUCAUACACACACAUUAUAAUAUUAUGAAUAAGAAUAUUACCUAUAUAAAAUAACCUUUUGAAGAAUUUUUAUUAAGUAUAUCCGCCUACUAAAUUAUUUAUUAAUUAUUAAGAA